AUGAAUAUGUCAGACAUUGAGUUUGAUCGAGAUUUAUGUGUUGACGAUUUUAGUACAAACUUGGACGCAACGCCAUGCUUUUCUUUUGAUAAUAGCUUGCUUCUGCCACCAAAUCUGAUGACUAUAUCAGAUAUUGAAUCUGAGCAACAAUUAAGUGCAGAAGAAUAUGAUGAAGAAUACACUGAAGAAUAUGCUAAAGAAUUAGCUGAAAAAGUGAACACUUCACUGGCAGGUACUUUUUUUGAUAAUAUCUUGAAUCUGCCAACAAAAUUAAUGACUAUAUCAAAUUUUGAAUUUCGCUUAGUGAAAUUCUUUGACGUCUAUUGCAUAAAUUUAUUCUCAUUCGGAGCGGACAAAUAUGUUGAUACUAUAUGGAGAAGACAUGUCCCUCAUUAUUUUUGUCGAUCAAGUUUGAUAAGACUGGCGGUUUUUCUGUUUAGUUGUUUAAAUCUAUGGCCAAUCUAUGAGUAUCAAAAAUUUGGACAGGAUUCCUCUAACGAUGAUGAUAUAUAUUUAAGAACAACGAUGUAUUUUGCAAAUGCUGUUCGCGAAAAGAACUCUGCCAUUAAUAGACUAAUGAGCCUUACAGAAGAUGAAGCGUCUUCUCUGGAGGGCGUAGACUUGGCUGCAGAGUUAAUGUUUACCUCUACUUUGAUAUUUUCCUUUUUGGGGAUUCAUAGUCACAAGUUAUUACCAUUAAUUUCAUUUAAUGAAGGUCCAAAAAAUGACUUUCUUUCGGUAUGCGAAGGCCUAGUAAAUAUUAGGGAGGUUUGUAUGCUGAGAUCUGGCGGCCAAGUCCAGCGAUACUUCUGGACGGCUAGAAGGAUAAGAUCCUUGAAAUGUAAAAGCAUUCCUAUUACUGCAUUGUUGAAUGAACAGCUUCAGGAAUAUUUUGAUGAUGAAAUUGUCGACGCUGCUCUGAGUCUCAAACGUGAAUGCUAUAGAGAGCUGAUCACUAUUUUACAACAACUGCUUCGCACUGGUAGCAAACACAAUUACCCAAUUCCUGUCUUUAUAUGGGUAUUAGUAAUUGAUAAUACUUUGUUCAAGUAUAUCAGAUCCAAAGACUUUUUCGCGUUGAGGUUAUUAUAUGUAUACGCUUGUCUUUGCCAAAUAUCUAGAUUUCUGUUAAAUCUUUUACAGAAUAUGUGGAUUGACUAUAUACAUUGGUUCAGGGAUUACAAUAUAAAGCUUUUUGGUGAUUGGAAAUAUGCGUUCGACAAAGGUUUUUUCAACUUAGUAAAAUCUGAAUUUUUAAUCGAUGUGGGCAAAUGCGCGAUCUAUGAUACACUAGAUCCAGGAGCUUAUGCCGACUUCUCUGAACAUUUGAUAUCUGAGGUAAUGAAUAAAUUUCCAACUACAUGUUGA